UGUCACAAACACUGGGCAACGUGGGACAGUGACGCCAUGGAGCAGAGGCAAAGAUUGAACGUGGCCUACGGGGUCAUUUCUGGAUUUGUUCUUUUGUGUGGAAUUAUCUAUGGUGCACUGACGGGUCCUGUCGCCACCUCCCACUCGUCGACCCAUGCAUGGGCCUAUUGCUUUGCGCAUAUAACUUCUGGGAUUUGUGGGAUCGUUGCUGCUGCGACCAAAAAACUUGUCUCUACAUCACCCACCUCGUGUUUUGCAUGGUGACCCUUUGCCUGAUGGCCUACGUCAGUUACACUGCUAUUAUGCUGUUGUCUGCCUUCAGCACCAUCGACCUCUGCUCUGACAGGUACUAUUUAACAUCGGCGCGGGACAGAUGUGAAUCAACGUACGGGACAAUCGUGGGCAUUCCUGUCAUCCUCAUCCUGGCCUGGCUGCUGACACUGGCCAACUGUAUCAUGUCUGGUAUCCUUGGCAACAGACGCCCGGAGACGCCACCCAUGAUCAAUCAACAAGUGCCCCAAAUGGCCAGUGUUGUACAAAUGAGCAGCACCAGACACGUCUCGCCCCAGUACGUGACACCCCAGGGCACCUACUUGCCUCCUAACGGAGCCGAUAUGACACACAAGACACCCCAAGGAGGCUACGUGACACCCUCGGACCCACCUCUGGCACAAUACCAUGACCCGCCAACGCCCCAAUACCAUGACGAACCACCGCCCCAAUACCACGACAGAGCGGAGCUCGUCAAAAACGUUGCUUGCUAGGCAGUGGGGAAGAAUACCUUAUUGUGUAGCCGACUGUUUUUAUACUCGGCCAAUAUGACAUUUAUAACCACAAACUAGCUGCUGUACUUGUUAUCACUCGUUUGCACAUAUUUUAAAGUUUAAAAUUAAAAUUAUUUUCAUAGAUGUCCUUUUUCUGAUAAACUGUAUUCUGCAAUGUUUAGGGGCGGGUGGGUAGUGGUUAGCGUUUAACAUUUUGUGCUUUGUAGUGCCUUUAGUUCAUAUUAUGUUAACACAUUCUCACAGUUUUCGUUCAGAUAUUAUAUUGGCUAAUAUAACAUAUUUU